AACCCCACGAGCUCUGUCGAGGACUCCCCACGUGUUGGAGUCGAACGUUCGUGCGCAGGAGCUUACAGUAGCAGCAGCUCGAUGUUGCGUUUGGUGGGGACUACGAGAGGAAAGAGACACACAGGGACAGAGAAAGAGCGUACCAAGCGAAGUUAUUAUUACCAUAAUUUUCGGCUAAAUGCACUGCCCAACUCGGCGCCGGUAAAUUCAACGUCGAUGUUUGCUCACGUACGUGAACGAAAUUACUCAGUCGCUGAGUUCGAAACGAUUGCGUUGCAUUCGGACAAAAUGCACUUCGUUAUUUCUAAUGGAUUCUGAAGUAGAGAAUUUGAUUGAAUUCGUACAGUUCAUCUUGUCCCUUUGCUCUCCUUCUAUGUUUCUCUCUGUACAAGAUUUUUCUCAAUUUAUACAAGUUUUUUUUACUGGUAUUGGUUUAGAAUUUUCUUUUAGAUAAAAUCGUCGACGAUACUAUUACGGUCAAAGGGAAACUUUCUAACAACAUUUUUAGGCGACGUCACUUUUCUUUGGUCUUUUGAUAUCAUUGAAAAGUAUAGUUCGUUCGUUUUGUAUAACGUAGACCGAGCGAUCGCUAUUGAUGCGUACAUCUUUAUCCGUAUAAAAAAGAAUUCUCUCGUAAUAAAAAAGGAUUUCUGUGGAAUUAAGACGUCCAUAAUACAUAGAAAUGUCGGUAGAGAUAAUUAGAUAUGCCUCCUUAUGUCGAUCUCGUUUCAAUCUUUAUUUGUCUUCCUUAACCGAUGACUCGUCGUAACACAUGCGUGAAAAUGGAGUUUUUCGCCAACUUGCACGCCUUUCUAUUCAACUUGACCGAUUUCACGUACAAAAUGCUGGGCUUAACUAUGAUAUAUAUACCUGUCUUAAGUAAAGAGCUCACCCCCGAAAGAGGCAGCUCCGAUAAGGAUUUGGUCAAACAGUUCGAGACUGUGGUGAGUCAUUGGUCCACUCAAAUCAAACUUACCCUCAUCGAUGAGGAAGAGACAGACCUGCAAGACCUUCUCUCCGUUGAUGACGUAUACGAUUUCUGGAUCUACAGAUACGAUAAUCUUUGUGGAUUGAAUUUCCAAGUUUAUAAUCAGACGAUAGAACGUAUCAUAAAUAUAUUAAUACUAAGCCAGUCAACUUAUGUACAACAGUUUCUCACACUACGAGAAGACAUAGAAAUAGAAAUUCUUAAAGCAAGAUCGAACAUUGAGUAUUUGACACUUCUGAAAGAACCUUGCGAGAAAUUAAAGCAAUGUACUACACCAGAUGAAUUAACUCCGUUUCUGUCGAGAAUAAUACAUCUUUGCAGAAUGAUCUGGUUAAAUUCACCUUAUUACAACACCACCGAAAAAAUGACUAAUCUGUUCAUUGCAUUGAGCAAUCAGAUCAUUAUAAUCUGUCGGGACUUAAUCGACCUUCGGCAAGUAUUCAAAGGGAAAACUCGUGCCAGCAUCCAAAUGUUCUCCAAUUGUAUUCGUGCUUGCAAAGAAUACAAGAAACGUUAUAUUAAAAUUUCAGAUGCCCAUAAUAUGUACACCGAAUAUCCAUGGGAAUUAGACAUCGAUAACAUUUUUCAUCACAUAGAUAUUUUUAUCGAAAGAUGCCAAGACAUGAUAGUCAUCUGCAAAGCGAUGAUAGACUUUGCCAGAAUGGACGAAACAACUAGCAUUCUAAGACCAAAGUUUGGUGGAACCAAAGGAGGAGAGCACAGUAGAGCCUGUCAAAAGAUUGAAAGACUCUUUCUUGAGAGUCUAGAGAAAAUCGAAGCAAACUCUCAUAAAAUAUUCGAUGUGUUGAACAUUUCUUGGCAGAACAUUAUGUCUGUCUUUCGCAACGAAGUCAGAGAAUUGGAGAUAAUAAUCGAGAACUUGAUAGCAACCGUCUUCACCGACAUGAACAACGUACAGGAGGGUAUCGAGAAUCUCUAUGGAUUUUACAAUUAUAUGAACAGAGAGCGACUACAGCAGCUCUUCAAUAAUAAGACUAUGGAGAUAUGGAAAAUGUUCAACAAAGAAAUUCAGUUUACAAAGCAAAGUAUCUUAAUCGAGAAAAAUAAAUACUCAUCACUGAUGCCAUAUUACUCUGGUAAAGCAUUGUACCUGCAGCAAAAACAGCAUAAUUUGAAAAGAAUGAAAAAAAUAAUGGAAGAUGCCGAAUGGAUGCCCUAUUGUUCCAUGAAAUUUGAGAUCUUCAAUCAGUGCAACAUAGUGAUAAAGUUAAUCGAAGACAUUAUAACGAAUCUCUAUGAAGAGUGGAUAGAAGAGUCAAGCGAUAAUCCAAGCCUUCGUCUCGAUCGAUACUUGAUGAAACGAAAUGAAAAAUCGCCACUAUUACUCGAUUGCAAUAUGGAUUCUUUUAUAUUAAUUCUUUGUCGAGAAUGCGAUUGUUGGAUCAAUCUUCGAUUUCACAUACCAAUUCAAAUGACUGCCAUACACAUUAAAAAAGACAUAAUCUUUUCUAUGUACGAAGGUAUCCUUGAAGUGACCAAUACUUACAACAAAAUCAUAGAAGCAUUGUCCGACAAAGAACGUGAACUGUUUCGAGAAUUAAUCCGGCGGGUCGACGGACAGAUCAAUCCUGGCUUAAAUAGACUAACAUGGAACACGGAGAACAUCGAAAAUUACAUUACAGAUUGCUACGAUCAAGCCGGAAAAGUAUACUUUAACGAUUCCAUUUAUGCUAGCUUAAGUUCAUCCCAAUUGUGGUUUAAUUUCAUUUUCUAUGUAUUAUACCGAAGAAGUUCGCUCGGUAUUCUAGUUUUAUCUGAUCAUCCAUUCAUAAGUAAACGUACGAUCUCUAUCUCUGUAUCCGUAUCUAUAUCUAAAGGACGUGACUGUUCGAAAGGAUUAACUAUCCGGCUCUUAGAAUUCAUCCGUGUUUAUAAGAAAUCCAAUUCCGAGAUCAUAAAAAUAUGCGAGAAUAUUUGCGAAUCGUCGAUGAUCAUGUUAAAACCAAAUUAUGCGUAUACCUUGUCGGAAUUGCAGGAGGAACUUGUAAGCGUGAGGGAUGCGGUUGUUGUCGAUAUACUUACAAAGUACAGCACGAUAGUUCAAUACAUCAUGGUGGUCUUCGACGGAUUUAAACCAGUAAUCCAGAACAUUUUGAAGGAGUGGCAACAAUAUUUGACCCAGUUUGAUCUAGCGAUUCAGGAAGCAAUGAAAUUCUGCCUUAAGUAUUCUAUGAAUGUCAUGUAUGAGGCCCUUCACGGAGACAGCACAGCAGGACCAUCUCCUCUUCUACUGGUGCAACUGGAGUUGGUCAACAAUAAGGUACACUUCUCACCAAACCUAUCGGAUAUCGCCACAACCUUAUCAAACAUUCUCCACUACCUAUUAAUACCGAUUAAGAACAUUCAACGAUUAACCGAAAAGUUUAAUGUCCCCAGUAGAGAUAUGAAACCUCUUUGGAAGGUUUACGAGAAGGACAUAGAACUUCUUCGUUAUCAGCACAUGCUUGAUGAUGAAACGAGUCAUUGUUUCUCCCAAAUACAAAUUUAUCUUAAAACGUGGGAACCUUUCAAGGACGUGUGGGAAGUCAAUAAGGAUAUUUUCAUUCAAAGAUACGAAAAGUUGAAGCCAACGGUUACAUCUUUCGAUUCUGACAUUAACAAUUACGCAAACAUUGCAUUCACUGUCGAACUGCAAGAGACCGUGAUGAACGUAUAUUUUCUCGAAAUAAAUUGCGAUAGUUUAAAAAGCAUCAUCAUUCAGGAAUGCUUGAUUUGGCAACACAAAUUAAAAUACUCGCAUAUAAAUUCAACCGUUCACAGAAUAACAAAGGAACCUACGGAUCUGAUCAGUAUGCAAUUCGCAAUGCAGUUGUUCGAGAGACUUAACGCCGAGAUUCCAAAGGAGGAGGCAGAAUUCCCUAAGAUCAUGGAGUUCUACGAAAUGUUGGAAAAAUACGAGGUAUCGACAACGUUUGAAUUUAAAAGAAAGGUAAAAGACAUCGACCGAUCGUGGUUUGCCUACUUGAAGCUACUUUUUUCUUACGAAGUUAUUUUAUCCGAAAAGAAGGAGGAAUUCAAAAACAAUUUGCUCGGCGAUUCGGCUAUGUUUUACGAAAAUAUACAAUCGUUGAUCCAUAAAUAUUAUGAUACUGGACCGUUUACGUCCGAAUGGCAAAUAGAUGAUGCGUUCGCAUGGAUAAAUGUCUUUCACAAAGAAAUACACUCGUUGAAAGAACGAGAAAAACUGCUCAAAGAACAUCUCGCGAUUUUUGGGUUGAGCCAACCCGAUUCUUUGGAAUUGGCAGAACUCGAGGAAAACAUAGCGAUCAUAGAGAUUGUCUGGAAACUGACCGCCGAAUGGGACAAAGCAUGGAAUCGUUACAAGAACGAGCAAUUUUGGAAGAUAGAAAUAGAAGAGAUGGACACAGUUGCGAACGCCCUAUUUCGAAAACUCACAAGACUCUGCAGAGAGCUUAAGGAGAGAAACUGGGAGAUCGUUGAGCACACGAGAGCGAGUGUCGAUAAAUUUCGCCGAACAUUGCCGCUGAUAACCGAUUUGAAAAAUCCUUCGAUGAGAUCUCGUCAUUGGAAGCAAGUUAAGGAUAUCUUGGAAAGAGACUUCGACGAGAUGUCCGAAGAUUUUACUCUCGACGCCAUCGCCGAUAUGCAGAUGCAAAAUUUCUCUGAACAGAUCGCCGAUAUCUCAAACGCUGCCACGAUGGAACUUGAAAUAGAACUGGGAUUGCAACGUAUCAGCGCUAUUUGGAAAGUAAUGAAAAUAGAAAUGACACCGUACAAGACCAAAGGUAUCUAUAAAUUGGAAAGUAUAGACGACAUAGUAGAAACACUGGAGGAUCAUCAAGUUCAUUUGUCUUCGAUGAAAUCGACAAGAUUUGUCGAGCCAUUCGCAACGGAAGUCGACUAUUGGGAACGGACUCUUUCUACUGUGGGGGAGGUUCUCGAGAUGGUGCUCAGCGUUCAAAGAAGCUAUUUCUAUAUGGACAAUAUAUUCUCCAGCGAAGACAUUAGAAAACAACUUCCAAAAGAAACCAACGACUUCGACAAGUUGACACUAUCCUGGGUGCAAAUCACGUCCCGCAUGGCGGACCACAGAUUGGCUUUACCGGCCACUCACGUUCCGCCCGGCUUGCUCGAAGUUCUGAAUAAACUCAACGAGAACUUGGAGGCACUGCAACGUGCUCUAGAACAAUAUCUCGAGACUAAACGAUACGUAUUUCCAAGAUUCUACUUCAUUUCGAACGAUGAUUUACUUGAGAUACUCGCGAACUCAAGAAGACCGGAUCUCAUACAGCCUCAUAUCAAGAAGCUCUUCGAAAAUAUAAAAUUCCUAACACUGUUAAAGUCCGUAACAGGCAAACUAUUAGCCACUGGCAUGAAUUCCAACGAUGGCGAAUUUGUUCAAUUCGUUCAUCCGGUUACCCUAGAAGGUCAUGUCGAAAACUGGCUAUGUAAUAUCGAAGAAGCGAUGAGAGAGAGUUUGCACGAUUUGUUGAAGCGUUGCAGAGAGGCGCUGCGAAAAAUGCUCGCAAAACGCGACAGGUGGGUGAAAGAGUGGCCGAGCCAGCCAGGAAUUACGUCCACUCAAAUCCAGUGGACGAACGACUGCACCAGGACACUCAUGCACUGCAAAUUGGUGGACUCGAAGAAACCUUUGAGGCGAUCAAAAAAGAAACAGAAUCAGGCGUUGGCCAAAUACUCGGAGGCAAUAAGAAGUGAUCUAAAUUAUUUAGAUCGACUUAAAUUCAAGGCCAUCGUUGUAAUCGAGAUCCAUGCAAGAGACGUUAUCGAAAAAAUGUACAAGAACAAUUGCAAGGACGUCGCCGCCUUCGAGUGGUUAUCUCAACUAAGGUUCUACUGGGAAAAAGACAUCGACAAUUGCAUUGUACGCCAAACAAAUACUCAUUUCGUAUACGGAUACGAGUAUCUAGGAAAUUCGGGACGUCUCGUGAUAACCCCAUUAACUGAUCGAUGUUACAUUACUCUGACGACGGCGCUUCAUUUGUAUCGAGGGGGAAGCCCUAAGGGCCCAGCUGGAACAGGGAAAACCGAGACAGUUAAGGAUCUUGGAAAGGCAUUGGGAUUCAACGUGAUCGUGCAGAAUUGCUCGGAAGGGCUAGAUUACAUAAGUAUGGGAAGGAUGUUCUCGGGUUUAGCUCAGACAGGUGCUUGGGGUUGUUUCGAUGAAUUUAACAGAAUCAAUAUCGAAGUGUUGUCCGUUGUGGCGCAACAAAUAUUAUCGAUAUUAACCGCACUCUCUCAGAAACUCCAGAGAUUCGUUUUCGAGAGCAAAGACAUAUCGUUGAUUAGUACCUGUGGUAUCUUUAUCACGAUGAAUCCCGGAUACGCGGGUCGUACGGAACUUCCGGAUAAUUUGAAAUCCAUGUUCAGACCGAUCUCGAUGAUGGUACCAGACAGCAGCAUGAUCGCCGAGAUCAAUUUAUUCGGAGAAGGAUUCCAGGAUACUCGCGUACUUGCUCGGAAGGUCUUCACCUUGUAUACCUUGGCACAGCAACAACUGAGCAAACAGUAUCACUAUGAUUUUGGAUUAAGAGGUAUAGUGACUUUGACUCGAUACGCCGGCUGGAAGAAACGUCUUCAUCCGAAUUUAGCUGACGACGAGGUGAUCAUUCUUGCGAUGAAAGACAUGAACGUGGCGAAACUUACGUCCAACGAUCUACCUCUCUUCCUUGGAAUCACCACCGAUCUAUUUCCUACCGUCGACGUGCCAACCGUAGAUUACGAGGAAAUCAUCGAUUAUAUUACUAAAGAGGCUAUCAAGUUAAAGCUACAACCGAUUUCAUUGAUAAUUACAAAAGUAAUUGAACUUUACGAGACGAAAAAUUCAAGACAUUCGACGAUGAUUGUCGGCGAAUCGAACACUGCGAAGACGGUCACAUGGAAAAUAUUGCAAAAUACGAUGAGCUCAAUGAAGAACGAUGGAAAACCGGGUUACAACGCCGUUCAUGUCUAUCCAAUUAAUCCUAAAGCACUGAACCUCAGCGAGCUCUAUGGCGAAUACAAUCUCUCGACCGGAGAGUGGCUUGAUGGAGUAAUAUCGUCGAUCAUGCGGAAGACCUGCUCCAGCGAGUUGCCCGAUGAAAAGUGGAUUCUCUUUGACGGGCCUGUCGAUGCCGUGUGGAUCGAGAAUAUGAACAGUGUUAUGGACGAUAACAAAAUCUUGACGCUGAUCAAUAACGAGCGGAUCACGAUGCCGAAACAAGUGUCCUUGUUGUUCGAGGUUCAGGAUCUCUGUGUUGCCUCUCCUGCCACUGUUUCUAGGGCAGGUAUGGUCUACAACGAUUAUAAGGAUCUUGGUUGGCGUCCUCUCGUUAAAUCUUGGUUACAGAGUCACGAGAAGGAAGCUGUUUUCGUUGAACACAUGAAAGAACUCUUCGAUCGUUUCGUCGACAUAACGUUGGAAUUUAAGCAUCAGAAGUGCAAGGAACUCGUGCCAGUUCCCGAAUUAAAUUCCAUUCAGUCCCUCUGUAAGCUUCUUGAUGUGCUCGCCAGACCCAAGACCAGCGCCGAAGUUGGCAACGACGAAGAGGCGUUCUCCACCAUUUGCAAGAUCUGGUUUCUUUUCUGCAUGAUAUGGUCACUAUGCGCCUCUGUUGAUGAAGAUGGCCGUCUAAAGAUGGACAAUUUCAUAAGAGAACUAGAAGGAUCGUUUCCCUUAAGAGAUACGAUCUACGAAUAUUACGUAGACGUGCGUCAGCGUAGUUUUGUCUCGUGGGAAGAAAAAUUAUCCCAAGCCUGGAGGUUUCAGCCGGGGACACCGUUUCAUAAUAUAAUCGUACCGACGGUGGACACUGUUCGCUACAAUUACAUCGUAAGCAAUCUGUUAUUCAACGGUUAUCCCGUCCUUCUGAUUGGUCCUGUAGGCACUGGAAAAAGCUCGAUUGCACGAUCGGCUUUAGAAUCUAUGGAUAUUGUCAAAUAUACAUUACUUAUUAUAAAUAUGUCCGCUCAAACAACAUCGAACAACGUUCAGGAUGCUAUUGAGAGCAGACUGGAGAAACGCACGAAAGCGGUUUACGUUCCCGUCGCCAAUAAAACGAUGAUAACUUUUAUGGACGACUUUAACAUGCCGAUGAAAGAGACGUACGGAUCACAGCCACCAUUGGAACUGAUCCGUCAGUGGAUCGACUAUGGAUUCUGGUACGAUCGACAAAAUCAACAGAAAAGAUAUAUACAAAAGAUACAAUUAAUGGCAGCUAUGGGUCCACCCGGUGGUGGUCGUAAUGUCAUCACGAAUCGACUACUUACGAAAUUUAACGUCAUUAAUAUGACGUUUCCCAGCGAGAAGCAAAUCAUUCGAAUAUAUGGGACGAUGCUUAAUCAACAAACCGCGGACUUUCAUACGGAAGUGAAAGGAAUUGCCGAUACAUUAACGAUUGCUACUAUAACUUUAUAUGAUCGCGUUGUUUUAAAAAUGUUACCAACACCUGCCAAGAUGCAUUAUAUCUUCAAUUUGCGUGACAUAUCGAAGAUAUUCCAAGGAUUGCUUCGAAGUCACAAGGAUCAUCAAUAUUCGGUUCACACAUUUCUGCGCUUAUGGUUGCACGAAACUUAUCGUGUUUUUUGCGAUCGUUUCAUCGACGAGAGAGACACAGAAUGGUUCCUUGGACAAAUAAGUGAGCUACUUGGUAAAUAUUUCGAGCUAACGAUAACAAGUAUAUGUCCGGAUAAAACGAUUCCUCUUUUCGGUAACUUUAUGAAUGCCUGGAACAUAUACGAGGAUCUCGUGGAUAUCGCCGCCGUGAGACGCCAUAUAGAGGAACAAAUGGACGAAUAUAACGCUUCUACUGGUGUAGUACGCCUCGAUCUCAUUCUUUUCCACGACGCGGUCGAGCAUAUAUGCCGCAUUGUCCGUGUGAUAUCUCAGCCCCGAGGCAACAUGCUACUAGUUGGGAUAGGUGGUAGUGGCAGACAAUCAGUAUCCCGUAUCGCAGCUUACAUGUGCGAGUUGACCACCUUUCAAAUCGCCGUUACGAAGCAAUACAGAGUGAUGGAAUUCCGCGAGGACCUGAAGAAGCUUUACUCGAUGGCGGGAGUUGAGAAUAAGCCGACUAGUUUUCUCUUCAACGACACCCAAGUGGCGGAGGAACAGUUUCUCGAGAUAGUUAACAAUAUGCUGAGCACCGGUGAAGUGGCCAAUCUCUACAAAAGCGAUGAAAUGGAAGAGAUCAAAAAUCGUUUAAUGAAAGAAGCUACGAAGGUCGGAAUAAUACCGUCGACGGAAUCGAUCUAUUCCUUCAUGAUCGAAAGGGUUCGCGCCAAUGUGCACGUGAUAUUGUGCAUGAGUCCGAUCGGGGACGCCUUCAGGAACAGAUUACGGCAAUACCCAUCCCUGAUCAAUUGCACGACCAUCGAUUGGUUUCUGGAAUGGCCGAAGGAAGCUCUUCUCGAAGUUGGCAACAAGUUCCUCAUGAAUCUCAAUCUGACGCUCACUAUCACCGGCGAAAAUAAAGUGGAACCAAGACAAUCUGCCACAGCCAUUCCGAUUCUACCAUUACAAGAACGGAUGCGGGACGGAAUUGCGUCAACAUUUGCUUCGAUUCAUAGCAUGGUCUCGAAAUUCUCCAUUCGUAUGGCGAACGAAAUGAAACGAUAUAAUUAUGUCACGCCUACGAACUUUCUUGAACUAGUCUUUGGUUACAAAAAUAUGCUGCAUAAAAAGAGACAGGAUUUGGCCGAUCAGGCGAAUAAACUUCGCGGUGGCAUCUUCAAGAUCGACGAUACUCAAGCUAAGGUCAAUGAAAUGGCCGCUGAGUUGGAGAUAACGCAAGAACAGGUGCAGACAUCUACUAGAGAAUGCGAGGAAUUCUUGGUAACGAUUGUGAAUCAACGUCGUGACGCCGAUGAUGCUCAAAAAAUGGUCACCGCAAGAUCUCUUAGAAUCGCCGAAGAACAGAAAGAAUGCAAGAAGCUCGAAGAGAUAGCUCGUGCCGAUUUGGCCACUGUCGAACCAGCUCUGAACGAAGCUAUGAAAGCGUUGGAAGCGUUGAACAAGAAGGAUCUGGCGGAAAUAAAGUCCUUCGCCCGACCACCGCCAAAGGUCGAGAUGGUAAUGGAGGCAGUUAUGAUUCUGAAGAAUGCGGAACCAACCUGGGCGGAAUCCAAGCGUCAGCUGGGAGACGUGAACUUCAUUAACACCUUACGCGAUUUCGAUAAGGAUCAUAUAUCGGAUAGAGUAUUGAGAGCUAUCGGAAAGUAUACGAGCAAUCCGGAAUUCGAUCCUGUGAAAGUAGGCGUUGUCUCGGUCGCCGCCAAGUCGCUCUGCAUGUGGGUCAUAGCCAUGGAAAAAUAUGGAAAGCUCUAUAGGAUCGUAGCACCGAAAAGAGAGAAACUCGAGGCCGCCUUGGAAUCUCUACGGCAAAAGGAAGCUGCUUUGACGGAGGCCACGAUGCAACUGCAAAAGAUACAGGAGGACCUCGAAACGUUGCAGAAAAUGUACGACGCGAAGAUGAAAGAAAAGGAGGAUUUAAUCAAAAUGGCAGAAUUGUUAAAGAUAAAAUUGGAUCGCGCGGCCAUGCUGGUCGAAGGUUUGUCAGGGGAAAGGAUUCGAUGGUUAGAAACGGUAGAAUCGCUGGGAGAAUUCUUCGACUGGUUACCCGGUGACUGUCUUAUAUCAACAGCCUUCGUAUCUUACUUGGGACCUUUCGUGUCGAAUUACAGAGAGGAACUAUUCGCGAUUUGGGUGAAAGAGGUAAACGAGAAGGAAAUCCCGAUGUCGCCUAGACUCGACGUGAAGGAAUUUCUAGCUGAUCCCACGACGAUCAGAGAGUGGAACAUUCAGGGAUUACCUUCGGAUGGGUUUAGUACCGAGAACGGCAUCAUCGUGACGAGAGGCACUAGAUGGCCACUCGUAAUCGAUCCGCAAUGUCAAGCGGUGAAGUGGAUCAAGAACAUGGAGGCAAAGAAUGCUCUGCGAGUAAUCGAUUUUGGCCAAGCGGACUUUAUGAGAGUUUUGGAACAAGGGCUGCAGUUUGGCUGGCCGAUUUUGCUCGAGAACGUUGGGGAAACUCUCGAUCCAGCCCUGAAUCCGAUUCUAGAAAGAGCUUUUAUCAAAUCAGGUGAUCAAGUGAUGAUCAAGUUUAACGAUAAGAUGAUCACUUUCAAUGCCAAAUUUCGACUGUUCAUCACAACGAAACUUUCGAACCCCCAUUACGCUCCGGAGAUAUCCACUAAAACGACGUUAUGCAACUUCGCCAUUAAGGAACAGGGAUUAGAGGCACAACUCUUGGGAAUCGUGGUCAGGAAAGAGAAGCCACAACUUGAAGAACAAAAGGACAACCUCGUCCUUACGAUCGCGUCCGGCAAGCGGACGUUGAAGGAACUGGAGGAUAGAAUUCUCUAUCUGUUGAGCGAGGCUGGACCUAACCUUCUCGAUGACCUGGACCUUCUCAAUACUCUACAAACGUCUAAGGCUACAUCGAUAUCCAUUGCUGAAUCGUUAGUGACGUCAGAAGAAACCGAACGAGAGAUAGAUAUUGCGAGGGAAGAUUAUCGAUCUUGUUCCCGACGAGCUUCGAUUCUUUUCUUUGUUCUCACAGAUAUGAGUCUGAUCGAUCCGAUGUAUCAGUUUUCUCUUGAUUCAUACAUCGCCCUGUUCAUGUUGUCCAUUGACAAAAGUCCGAAGAGCAUGAAACUUGCCGAAAGAAUUGAGAAUCUUAAUGAUUAUCAUACUUACGCUCUAUACAAAAAUACCUGUCGCGGAUUGUUCGAACAACACAAACUACUAUUUUCCUUCAAUAUGUGCAUUAAGAUAUUAACCGCUGAAGGAAGGAUAAUCUCUUGGGAAUACGCAUUUCUUCUUAGAGGUGGGAUCGUUCUGGAUCGAGAGAAUCAACCGGACAAGCCUGUACCUUGGUUGCCUCCGGAAACUUGGGACAAUAUAACGGAACUCGACAAACUUCCAGGAUUUCACGGUUUGAUUUCGUCCUUCGAACAAUACCCGCGGGAUUGGCACAAUUGGUAUAUAAGUACGGAACCGGAAAAUAUUUCUCUCGUUGGCGAGUUGGAAGAGGGUUGUACAGCAUUUCAAAGGAUGAUGAUCAUACGUAGCUGUCGACCCGACAGAAUGUCCUCCGCAAUCGCAAACUUUAUUAUACGAAACGUGGAACAAAAAUUCGUCGAACCACCGGUACUUGACUUAAAAGCUGUUUUGGAAGAUUCCGUUGCACGCACACCCUUGAUUUUUGUCCUUUCACCCGGCGUCGAUCCCACGAGUAUAUUAAUGCAACUCGCGGAGAGCCAACAGAUGAUGGACAAAUUUAUGAGUCUAUCCUUGGGUCAAGGACAGGCACCUAUAGCAACAAGAAUGAUACAAAUAGGUGUAAAAAAAGGAUUAUGGAUUUUCCUAGCGAAUUGCCACUUAUCUCUCAGCUGGAUGCCAAAAUUGGACAAGAUCGUUGAGACCCUUAUCAAUAACAAAGCUUUGAAUCCGAACUUUAGAUUAUGGCUUAGCUCGAGUCCAACUCCUGAGUUUCCGAUAUCGAUCCUCCAAGCCGGGAUAAAAAUGACGACGGAACCACCUAAAGGAUUGAAAGCCAAUAUGAAGCGACUGUAUAGCCUCGUCACAGAGGCCCAAUUCGACGUGUGUCAAGCGAAAUCCAAGUAUAAGAAGCUCCUCUUCGUUCUUGUCUUCUUUCAUUCGGUUCUCCUUGAACGAAAGAAGUUCCAGCAACUCGGUUGGAACGUCAUUUACAGCUUCAACGAUUCCGACUUCGAGGUAUCGGAGAAUCUUCUUCAGGUAUAUUUGGACGAAUACCCAGAUACACCUUGGGAAUCCUUGAAAUAUCUUAUUGCGGGUAUUUGUUAUGGUGGUCAUGUGACCGACGACUGGGAUCGCCGGUUGUUGAUGACAUACGUCCAACAAUAUUUCACCGACGAAGUUCUGACCAUCCCUUAUUAUCGUUUGUCAUCACUACCGACAUAUUACGUACCACGAGACGGCUCCUUGGAAUUCUAUCGUGACAUUAUCAUGACAUUACCAGCCGUCGAUAGACCAGAAGCAUUUGGACAACAUCCUAACGCAGACAUAACCAGUCUUAUCAUGGAAACAAGAAAUAUAUGCAAAACCUUAAUGAGUCUUCAAGUUCAAGCGAUUAGCAGCGAGGAAGAAACGGACAAGGAGGAAAAGGUGAUACAAUUAACCAUAGACAUUGCCUCGAAAAUACCAAGGAACAUAGACUACGAAACAAUCGACAAAUUGAUAGGUCCAAUAAAAAAACCUCUCGACGUUGUACUUCUUCAAGAAAUUAGUCGCUAUAAUGUACUCUUAACGAAAACCCGAAACAGUUUGGAUGAACUACAACGUGGUAUACGCGGUUUGGUUUUGAUGUCGUCCGACUUGGAAGAGAUUUUUACGUGCAUAUACGAAGGCAGAGUUCCCUCCCUUUGGCUGACCGCUUAUCCAUCCUUGAAGCUUCUCGGAGCUUGGACCAGAGAUUUAAUCAGCCGCAUUGAGCAUUUCGCUACUUGGGCUGAGACCACACAUCCGCCUGUGCUCUUCUGGCUAGCCGCGUUUACGUUUCCAACAGGUUUCCUUACAGCCGUACUCCAAACUUCAGCAAGAAUGUGGAAUAUAUCGAUUGAUUCAUUAAACUGGGAAUUCGUAGUUCAGACGAUCGAUGAUUCUGCCAUCAUUGAAUCACCUACGGAUGGAGUGUACGUGCGAUCAAUGUUCUUGGAGGGAGCAGGAUGGGACAAGAAAAAUGCGAUACUCGUUGAACCAGCACCGAUGCAGCUUGUUUACGACAUGCCCGUGGUACACUUUAAACCUACCGAACGUUUCAGAAGAACUAAGGGACUAUACAUAUGUCCGACAUAUUACUACCCUCAAAGAUCCGGCGAUCAAAGCCGUCCCGCUUUUGUCGUGACAGUUGAUUUAAAAACUGGAUCGGAGGAACCAGAUUUAUGGACAACACGUGGUACCGCUCUUCUUCUCAGUCUGGCCGUUUAA